AUGAUUCAUAAUUAUCUUGUUCAUCAAAACCCUGAAGAAAUUUAUCAUAAUAAUAAUUACGUUCGCCAAAAUAUGGUUCAUAAUACAAUUUAUCAAAACCCAAAAGACAUUUAUCAAAAUGUCGGUGAUAAUAAUUACGCUCAUCAUCAAAACAUGCUUCAUAAUUAUCUAAUUCAUCAAAAUCCUGGAGAAAUUUAUCAAAGCAUAGGUAAUAAUAAUUACAUUCACCAAAACAUGGUUCAUCAAAAUCCUAAGCAUGAGGACGUUUAUCAAAAUGCUGGCGAUGAGAAUUACAUACGUCAAAAUAUGAUUUAUAAUCACCAAAACAAUUUCGUCGCUGAACAGAACUCAA